AAAAAGCUCUCUUUCGAAGAAACUUCCAAACACAAAACCAUUUUCUUAGCAUUAGCUCAAGCUUAGUGCUUAGCUCCCAUUUUCAUGCCGGCCAGCCAAAGCCAUUUGCUUUCUCUUUCAAAUCCAAAUCCAAUUCGAUUCCAAUACAGUUUCAGUUUUCGGAUCCAAAAUCUGAAUGGGACCCACUGCUCUCUCUCUCUUCCUUGCUUAGCUUCCAGUCCAGUUUUUUUCAGAACAAGUCAGACCCAGAAAAGUCUUGGGAUCAAAUCUGAAUCCAAUCCGGUUCUGGGUGUUUUUUUCUUUUUGAAAAAACUGAACUUGGAUUCGAUUUGAUCUCUUAUAAGAACAUUCACUGCUCCUUUCUUCUCAUUGGGACAUUCUUCACUUUCCCUUUUGCUCUAUAAAGAUGGUAUCAAGAGAGGAUAAGACAGACCUAGACUUCGAUGAGGAGAUUCCUUUUAGUUCAUCACCAGCCAAAAGAAAAGUGCAUUCAUUGGAUUUUGAAAUACCUCAUAUGCAUUCACGCCUGGAUGCUGCCAAGCCACGAACUUUUAAUUUUAUGACGAAUAGCGUACUUCGGAGUAUUUACAUUGUGUUAAUUAGAGCGAAGAUCAAUGUGUUGCUACCAUUUGGCCCCCUGGCGAUAUUGCUACAUUAUACUACUGGGAAGCAUGGUUUGGUUUUCUUCUUGAGCUUAGUGGGCAUUAUACCUCUGGCAGAGCGUCUAGGAUAUGCAACAGAGCAACUUGCUUUUUACACCGGACCAACAGUUGGAGGUCUUUUAAAUGCUACAUUCGGCAAUGCAACCGAAAUGAUUAUAUCAAUCUAUGCUUUAAAGAUCGGAAUGAUUAGGGUAGUGCAGCAAUCUUUACUUGGCUCCAUCUUAUCAAACAUGCUUUUAGUGCUUGGAUGUGCCUUCUUUACUGGCGGGAUCAUUCAUUCUGAGAAAGUUCAGGUUUUCAAUAAGGCAGCUGCCAUUGUGAAUUCAGGGUUGCUGUUGAUGGCUGUAAUGGGGUUAAUGUUUCCUGCUGUGCUUCACUUUACGCAUUCAGAGGUGCAUUUUGGGAAGUCGGAGCUAUCUCUUUCAAGAUUUAGCAGUUGUAUAAUGCUAGUGGCAUAUGCAAGCUACCUAUACUUUCAACUUAGAAGUCAAAAUAGUCUUUACAGUCCUGUAGAUGAGCAAGUAGAUAGUAAUGACGAAUCCGAGGAAGAAGAGAUUCCUGAAUUAACUCAGUGGGAAGCAAUUGGCUGGCUUGCUAUUUUGACAGGAUGGGUUUCCAUCUUGUCUGGAUAUCUUGUUGAUGCCAUUCAGGGAGCAUCUGACUCACUGAACAUGCCAGUGGCUUUCAUUAGUGUCAUCCUGCUUCCUAUUGUAGGAAAUGCCGCAGAGCACGCAAGUGCAAUAAUGUUUGCCAUGAAAGAUAAGCUAGAUAUCACACUUGGAGUUGCUAUUGGCUCAUCCACACAAAUAUCCAUGUUUGUGAUUCCCUUCUGCGUAGUUGUUGGAUGGAUCAUGGGAAAACCAAUGGAUUUAAAUUUUCAACUCUUUGAGACGGCUACACUCUUCAUUACAGUGCUAGUUGUGGCAUUUAUGUUACAGGAAGGGACAUCGAACUAUUUUAAGGGAUUGAUGCUUAUUCUGUGCUAUCUCAUAGUUGCAGCCAGUUUCUUCGUGCACGUUGAUCCUUCAAAUGAUGAUAACUAGAAUUACUAAAGUGCACAGUGGCUUUGCAUGUGGGAAAUAUGAAAGAUCUCCACUACAAAAUGGUAGCAACAAUAUAGUUGAAGCUGCAUAUUUAGUUUGAGAUCAUUUUGUGGAAAAUCCAUAUGAUCUUGCGGCUCUGGAAAAGUUUUCAUCAUUGUAUAAUAGAAUUGGACUAUGUUUACAUAACAAUUAAUCUCUAAUCUUUGUGGGAGAGUUCUUCAUUUUUGUCCCUUUUUUGGUUGAUGUGGAAUUAUCAUUCUUUCAUGCUUCUCAUAAAUAAGCACACUUUUAUUUCAAGUUUUUUCUCA